AUGGCAGAAUACGAAAACUGUAUCUUCGACAUUGAAGCUGCAAUUGAUCUUAUGAUCAAAAUUCUUGAAGUAUAUGGAGAUUCAACCUUGGCUAUUAGCCAUGUCAAGGGCGAUUGGGAAGCUCAAGACCACAAGCUCAUCCCUUACAAGGAACAUGUUUUGAAACUAAUCCCAUACUUUUACGAGAUUACAUUCAAUCAUAUCCCCAUAGAAGAAAAUCAGUUGGCCGACGCCCUGGCAACUUUGUCAUCCAUGUUUAAGAUCAAAUUCAAAAAUGAAGUACCAACUUUUCAUCUUGACGACUUGGACGAGCCCGCCCACUGUUUGGCAGUAGAAGAUGAAGCUGACGGUUACCCUUGGUUUUACGAUAUCAUGAAGUUCUUAGAAAGCCAGGAGUACCCUAAGGAUGAAUCUAUCACCGACAAGAAGUAUCUUCGGAAGCUGUCAUCCCAGUUCUUCCUAUGUGGAGGAGGAUUAUACAAGAGUAAUUAUGAUACGGUUUUGCUUAGAUGUAUGACCAUGCAAGAAGCAAACCAAAUCAUAAUGGAAAUUCAUUAA